UUCGAUAAAAAAUUGGAACAAAUGAUUUAGCUUCUUUUCAUUUUUGGAGAUUUUUCAUUUAUAGAAAUCAUAUUUUUUACUCCAUAAAUCGAAUGUAAUUUUGGAUUUACCGCAAAAGGCUUUCAGAAGAAGAUAAAAUCCAAAAUUUAUCCAAAAAACCCCGACAAGCAAAAAAUGUUGAAUAAAUCUAAAAAUUCCGAGCAAAGGGUACAUCCCCGGGCCAUACGCACUCAUGGGUUACUAGGCCUUCCAUUUCUCAAACAGCACAUGAUGAGCGAUGAGAGAUGGUCAUCGAAGGAUUUGAAGGAUGAGUUCAAGGCCAUGGCAGGAUGUUUGGAAAAACAUCAGCUCUUCAAGAGCAUAGAGAAACAUCAUCAGCUACAACAUAUUGCCCGCAAUCUACAAAAUCUCCGCAAGCAAUGUCGUCAAGGCCGUCAGGAAUUACAGGUCGUAAGGAAAAUAAAAAAUCGCCAUACCAUAAGAAAUCUACUGCAGGAUAAUAAAGAGCAGCAAUGCCUCUAUCAGGAUAUGCCAAUACAUGAGGUUGUGGAGAACAUUGAUCAAAGGACAUUUGUGCUGCGCAAGGAACAGGAUCGUUUAAGGGAUAGAAAAAAUAAGUUGGAACGGCAAUUGAAGGAGUUGAAGCUAACGGCCUCCAGCCUUGAGGAUCGCAUCAAAUUCCAAGAUGUCUUUGAGCUGAACGAAGAAAAACUGGCCAAGGAAUGUGAAAAGAAGUUGGCUAACAGUCAGAUUCGUUUAAGGGCCAUAAAGACCAUUAACACCACCUAUAAAAAGGUCCUGCAGGUUCUCCACCAUGACGAAAUGUUCUAUGAUCCCAUACUCCAGUCUUUGUGUGAUGAUAUUGAAGACCAGAGAAUGUUCAUAGAAUAUAUUCUGGAUGUGGGAAAACCUGCCCUGGAAAAGUUGAGAUAUUUGAAAGAAUUUUCAAAGGAAUACAACGAUAAAGUUCGCUGGGAAACUCAAACAUUGAUCCAUGAGAUUUCCAGUAAACAUAAAAUGUUGCAGCCCGGCAAACCUGCUUCUGUGGUGCGGGCCAAGGAAGAUGAUGCCACUCUCUUGGCUGAUGCCCGAGAGAGAUAUGCCCGUACUACCUAUAGCAUGAGUAAAUUGGAGGAUGAAUUGAAUAAGGUAUCAGAGGUCAUAAAUGGCAUCAAAUUUGCCACGCUGUGUUCGACGGCAACAGAGGUGUUUCCAAGAAUCAAAGGACAAAUUGAGCAAAAUUACAAAAUGAAAAAGGAAAUCGUCUGCGAUUCCCUGUGCCAGGCCACAUUGGAGACCAAAGAGAAAUACUGUGAGGUCCUGCAGGAGGUCAUCAAAAAUAAUCUAUCGCAGGCGGAAAUUGAUCGCCUGGACAGGAUCAAGGACCUCAAUGAGCAAAUUACAAAUCAAGAUUUGGCAGAAAGGGCAACCAUGCAAGCCAUGAAGAGGAAUAAUGAUUUGUUUGUGGUAUUGCGUGUUUUCCUUUGGAACAUCCAUGACAUGCUCCGUCAUGUCCAUAAAACAUCCCGUCCCCGGAGAGUUCAAUAUCCAAAUUCCUAUUUGAAGUUGCCCCUAUUGAAAUUCGAAAAUAUGGCAAUGACUUCAAUUCCCCCGGAAAAUAUGGAAGAUGAUAUCUCGGAACUCUUUCACAUUGUACGUCGGAAAUUGGCCCAUCUUAUGACGGCCUUUAAUCAACUGAGCGGUACCACUAAACGACGUUUAUCCAUUGCCCCCACCAAUUUGGAGACACAUCGUGAGAACUAUAUGGCUGAUAUUGUAGCGAUGUUUCAACAGUAUGAAGAGGUUGGCGAUGGAGAUUUUCUGGAAAAAUCCAGGGGGCAGGGAAACCUUAACGAUGCCGAUGAUGUUGGCGACGAAGGGGCCAAGGAGAAUGACCGCAGCUCAAAAGGAAUUUAUAGCCGACAACAAAUGAAAGCAAAAAGUUUACAUUUGGUUGAGGAAAAUCUGAAAAAAGACUAAAUGAGGACACCUAUUAAAUAUGAGUUGGAAAUAAUCUAAGAAAAAAAAAUAAUUUAUUGUGAAAAAUUACAAAAACAAAAAACAGAAAAAAAAAAUAUAAAUAAAAU